GUGUGUCUUCCGAAAAGUAUCACAAAGACAUUUUCCCUGUUGAGAGCACUCAACUUGUAGUUGAAGCCUAUAUGCUAGGCCCCAGAUAUUAUUUCCAGAACCGAGUUCCACACCUUAACAAAGCACAAGUGGCAAGGUGAAGAGGUGUAUGACCUUGGCUGCCUUUUCACUGUUUUUGUUUGGGCUGCUCUAUUACCUGCAUAAAGGAGCCCUGCUCGCAUUGUGGUUACAUGGCGGUCUGAGAUCUGCAAGGUUGGAAGUCUAAAACCACCAGCUGCGCCAAGGGAGAAAGACUGGGCUGUGCGCUCUCGUCGCAGUGUCAGAGACUCCCAGGGGCAGUUCUACCCUGUGCUAUGGGCCGCCAAGAGUCAGAAUUGACUCGAUGGUGGUGAGUCUGCUUUUGGUUUUUAAUUAGCUGCAUCAACAUCUAGAGCCAAUGUUGGUAAUGGUUUGUUGAAGGGGGUUGCAAACAUUCUAAGUUUCUUCCAUCGUUCACCCCAUUCCCUCUUGCUCUCCCUAGCACUUUAUGAAGAUGCAUGCAGAGAAGAAGCACAAGUGUAGUAAGUGCAGCAACUCCUAUGGCACCGAGUGGGACCUGAGAAGGCACUCGGAGGACUGCGGUAAGACCUUCCAGUGCACCUGUGGCUGUCCCUACGCCAGCAGGACGGCGCUACAGUCACACAUCUACCGGACCGGCCACGAGAUCCCUGCAGAGCACAGGGAUCCACCCGGUAAGAAGAGGAAAAUGGAAAACUCCCUGCACAGUCAGAAGUUGCCUGGCAAGACUGUGGACUCAUUGGUCAGUAAGGCAGCCCCUGGGCUGUACACUCAGGAACUAGAAACUUCAGAAACCAAGCGAGUGGCUUCUUUUGAAGACUCUUGUACCUCUCCUGCCAGAAAACAGGCUCUCACAACACCCCCAAGAUACCCUCAGAAGUUGCUUCUCCCGAAGCCCAAAGUGGCCCUGGUCAAACUGCCGGUCAUGCAUUUCUCUCCCAUGCCCGUCUUCAUGCCUACGGCUGAGUCCACAGCCCAACCUGUGGUGGUGGGCGUCGAGCAUCCGAGCUCCACCCCAGGCGCCGUGCACUUGCUUCCUUUGUCGAUAGGAACCCUGGUCCUCGGCCUAGAUUCUGAGGCAUGCACUCUCAAGGACGGCUUGCCUUUUUCAAAAGUUGUGAACCCUGUUGCUGUUGAGCCUAUCAGUACAGGUGUCCAAGUGAACUUGGGUAAAAACCCAUCUAACAUGUUACAAGAACUCGGAACCCCGGGUCAAAAGAGCAGCAUUUCUUCAAUCAACAUCCAGACAGAUCUAUCUUAUGCCUCACAAAGCCUGCCUGCC